GAAACUAGGGCUUUUGGGAGCAAGAUGAAGCCACCGGCUAUCCUGUCGUGCCUGUCCAACCAUUGCAUCCUCCAGCCCGGCUCCGACGACGACGCCGCUGCUGGUGAUGCUGCUGGUGAUGCUGCUGCUGCUCCUCCUCUCCCCGCGCCACUCCAAGUGCCCGCUAACGAGUGCGCGAGCUGCCCCAAACAGAUCAAGUUCGACUCGGUGCCUCUCCAUGGCGGCUUCACGCUUCUCAGGGGCCGAAUCAAUGCGUCUGAGAUACUUGGCAUCUCCAACUCGGACCUCGUGCCUGGGAAAUACGAAGGUGGCUUUAAGCUGUGGGAAUGCGCCAUCGAUCUCGUGGACACUUUGAGGCGCGAGAUUCAAGACGGGCAACUCUCGUUCCGGGGCAAGCGCGUUCUGGAAGUCGGGUGUGGCCAUGGUCUCCCGGGAAUCUUGGCGUGCAUCAAGGGCGCUUCUGUUGUCCACUUUCAAGAUUUCAACGCUGAGGUGUUGAAGUGCUUGACGAUCCCAAACGUGCAUGCCAACCUCGAUUACGCUCGUGCUCGGCUGUCCCAGUCCACUGAUGCGCUCACGCCGACCAGGUCAACGGUGAUUGCUCCCGAAGUCCAGUACUUUGCUGGUGACUGGGACAACGUUGGCUGCCUGCUCUCCACGGUCAAAUCAAGUGCGGACGAUCGAGACACCAUCGACGGUAGCAGUGCGGUCACGGAUGCCUCGGAGCCGGAGAUGAUUCGGAGUGAGAGCCAAACGGAGCUCAGCAGGAGUAGAAAGCGGUCCGGAAGCCGGGCUUGUGACAGCAGGAGGGAAGAGAGCGUGGACGAGGGCGGCUACGACGUUGUUCUCAUGUCGGAGACCAUAUACUCGGUGUCUUCGUUUCCCAAGCUCUAUGCUUUGAUGGCUAAGUGCCUGCGGCCAUAUUAUGGAGUGGCAUAUGUUGCCGGCAAGAAGCACUACUUCGGCGUGGGCGGUGGAACUCGACUGUUUAAGCACAUGGUCGAGGAGCAAGGUGUCCUAGGAGCUCAUCUCGUUGCCGAGUUUGCGGAUGGAUCGUCAAAUGUAAGAGAGAUAUGGAAAUUCUUCUUCAAGCAAUAAGAAACAAGGAUGAAUGCU